UCAUAUCUCUUAACGAGACUGCACCAUUGGAAUUUUCAUUUGGGGUUAGUCAGGAAAUUCGCUGCCUAAAGCGUACUGAUCUGAUCAAAGCCAUGGCUGAUAAUUUACCAAUAGGGACUGUACGUACCAAUUGUCAAGUUCUUUCCAUUGAAAUAGAUCCUUUAACACAUUAUCCACAACUUAUGCUUAGCAAUGGAAGUAUCCUUCAAGCUAAGGUUGUGAUUGGAUGUGAUGGCGUGAACUCUAUUAUUGCAAGUAUGUUUGGGUUACACCGAACCAAGCUCUUGAUCUUCUCAACAUGUGUUGCACGAGGCUUCACAAAUUAUCCAAAUGGUCACCAAUAUGGCAGUGAGUUUGCUGUGAUAAACAAAGCUCAAGUCCAGCUCGGAAGGUUGCCAAUAUCUGACAAACUUGUUUAUUGGUUUGUCACAAGGCUUAGGACUCCUCAAGAUGCAACAAAUUGGAAAGACCCGAUUCUUAUUAGACAAUCAUUAAUGGAAUCAAUGAAAGGUUUCCCAGAAGAGGUAGUGGACAUGAUACGAAAUUGCAAGUUGAGUGACUUGCACCUCACUGAGUUGAAGUAUAGAGCACCGUGGGAAUUGGUCUUUAACAACUUGAGGGAUGGAACAGUAACAAUUGCUGGUGACGCAAUGCAUGCGAUGGGGCCAUUCAUUGCACAGGGUGGCUCAGCCUCCAUUGAAGAUGCCAUUGUUAUUGCUAAAUGCUUGUCACAAAAGAUGCACAAUACUAAGAAAAAGGAAAUUAACGUUAGAGUUGCAAAGGAAGCAUUUGAUGAAUAUGUGAAAGAAAGGAGAAGGAGACUCUUUUGGCUCUCUUUGCAUUCAUUUCUUAUUGGGAAGAAGCUUGACACAAAAUCAUCCAUAGUGAGAUUUAUUAUCCAUGCAAUCGUGUCCGUUUUUUUUACAGACCCUAACUGGCAUACUCACUAUCAUUGUGGAAAUCUAUGA